ACCUUUCGCCAACACUUCAUCCACUUUCGAUCCCUUUUAUUUACGACAGGCAGUCACCAAACCAAACCAGACACUUUUCGACUGGAAAUUCACCUUUGUCACUUGACCUGCAGCGUGUGCUAUUUCUGCUAUGUCUUCUUCUCCUUUUGAAGCACUCCAAUGCAUUUCCUAUCUGGAAAAGGACAAAGGUAGCAAACCCUAAAACAUUCAUCCCUACUUCUGUUUACCUAACUGUGUUCAUGUACAUGUAUAAAAAUGAAUAGCAUAAAUAUUCGCAAACCAUUCCGUUAUGGUUAACAGAUUAGAUAACGUCAAGAACAAAGUUGUGUUGCCUAAAAUUUUACUCGUGCUUCAAAAUGUUUUCUUGCGGUAAUGAGUUGUAUAGCCUGAGUGAAGAGCUUGGAAUGGAUGAAAUAUCUUUAGCGCCUAUCCUAGAGCUAGCCAAGCUAAGUGAGCAUUGGACAACGGAAAUAGAAUCACCUAUGGAUACAGAAAUAUCGCCAUUACAUCCAAGUGAAGAGAUCAGACCGAAGUGUAACAGUUCUCUGAUACAACCCACGUAUCACAACGCAACAGGAAAUGUUCAAAGCACCGCCAAAAAGGAAGAAAACCACACACCCUCCACUGCUGACGUUCCAAAAUCAUAUGUUGCAACAAAACGGUCCCGAACGGCUUUCACUAGCCAGCAGCUUGUUGAACUGGAGAAGGAGUUUCGUUUAAACCGCUACCUUUGUCGUCCCCGGAGGAUUGAAAUUGCCACAAAGCUUGCAUUAACUGAAAGACAAAUUAAAAUUUGGUUUCAAAAUCGGAGAAUGAAGCACAAAAAAGACAUCAUAGCUGGAGGAGAAUAUACAAAGGAACAAAACGUGGAAAAAAAUAAUCGUAAAGAUAUGAGCAGAAAUUGCUCUUCAGCUACUAUUGAAAACAAAACUAUAGUCAACAGACUAAUGGCUCAUUCUACAUAUGCUCCAGUUUCAUUAACACCAAGAAAACAUCCUUCGGAUAAGAAAUAUGCCUUUCACGAAGAGUCAACAGUUCAAUCAAAUCUUAACAUAGGAGGAAAACUACUACCAUCGUUCACAAACCACAAUGAUUCGCUGUUCCAGGAUACUUGCUUUUAUUUCAAUAGACAAGAUUUACGGAAGUAUAAUAGCUCUCCAGAUUUUGAAGAUACGUAUCUAUCAGCAAUGAUAAAUAUUGGAUCAUCUUCUAAUUGGGACGAUUGCUUCAACAGAAACAGCCCGCCAUACUCGAAUUCAAAUACAUCUCCCCAUUCUAUACAAAUCGAUAAGCCAAAUAUGCUACAAUCAGCGCCUAGUGUUACUAUUCAGUGGGGAAAUAAUGAAAACUAUUACAGUACCAGUUUGUCAGAAAAGACUCACAUCAUGGACAGUAAUAAUGUAGGUAAGCUUCAGUACGAUUCCACACAAUUGACCGGAAUUGCAUUACCCGAACGACAUGCUUUGUAGGAAAAUAAUGGUUCAAUGAAAACAUGUGGGUUACAUUGCCUCAUGUUCAUAUAUGUCAAUUAGUUGAAUUAGAGCCAGUUUUGUUAAACUUCAUUUGUACACAUGUAUAUAAAAAAUCGUUCCUAUCGCUUUAGAAAUUUUUAUUUUCUUUAAAAAAAAAAUAAAAAUGUGAGAGAAGUACGCCCUGUUAUAGAUCGAAUAUGUGAUUUAAAGUCAUUUACCAAACAAAUAAAUAAAAUAAUAAAGAUACAAAAU